AUGGAGAUGAGGAAGAGGAAACCGAAGGUUGUGUCGGCGAAUGAAAUUUAUGAGUACCCCAGUCUUUUUAGAAAGAGGCAAGAGAGUAAGGGGAGGACCAUCAGAAAUGGAAGAAGUGACACAAAUGGCAGAAGUAACACAAAUGGCAGAGACGGUCGAAUCGUAGAAGUGGGCAAAGACGCUGAUGCCGCCCCUGCUGAGGGGUACAAGAGGGAAGACGGCAGGUUAAGGGAACCACCACGGGUUGUCACUUCUGAUAAAUUGGCAGAGGAUGGGAUGGUCCACGAAAUGGAAGACUUUCUUGGGGGCGUCCAGUAUGAAAGAAAUGAACGUAGGCGACGGGAUAAAGGUGGGAAGUACUUGGGUGAUUACCACUCAGGUGUGCCUAACUGCGCCCAGAAACCGAGCAACAUUUACGACUACGCGGACGACAUUGAUAAUGAUGAAAGCAAAUUCAGCGAAGCCUCGGAUGACCAGCAGGAGCACUACACUGAUGACAGCCCGUUCGACCUUUCCUCGUCAAAUGAAGAAUACGAGAAAAACGCUCUCUACACGCCGAGGAACUAUGAGUACAGGAACAAAAAAAAAAAAAUGAACCACGCGGUAAAGCGGUUAGUUGCAAAAUCGAAAUGUGGACAUAGGAAAAGGAAGAAGCUCAAAAAUACCUUAAGUGAUCGGGUUAGAAGUUUUCUGGAUGAAGGGCAUUCCCUGCACUACGAGGUGGAUCUUUUCCACUACUUAAGUUGUGUGAGUGAGAGGAAAAAUGACGCACUCGACUGGCAAGGGGAUCAAAGUGCACACACCCUGAUAAACUUCGUCAUACACGAGCUCCUAAAGAAAACUCACCAGAAAAGGGAAAGAAAAGACCCCCCACUGCAGACAAACAAGCAGUAUAGCCACAAUUAUGACGCAGCGAUAAAAGGACACCAUGACGAAAAUGACAUCAACAUAAAGGAAAAAAUUUCCUUCGAACAUAUAAAAAAUUACGAUGAAACAAAUUUAAGGCACAUGUUCUUUAUAGAAAAUAUUAAGAUAGACUACAACGGAAGGGAGGUGGAACUCUCCCCAUUUAAAAGUACCAUAUUUGAAGAGACUGCGGUGAGGACGGGAAGUGGCAAAGUGAGCCUAAUUAAGCGCAAAAAGACGAAGACCCAAAAGAAGGUCAAUCUGCGCAAGUAUGCUAAGCAUAGGAACACAUCUCCAUCCACACGGAUGGAGAAGUUGAAAGUAUGUGUAAACCUCAAACCAGAUAAUUUGCUAAGUUCCAACAUCUACCUAAAUGAUCAUCCUUUUUCGCUUAACUUGGAGGGGAUCCAGUUUUUGUAUUUUCUUCUCCUGUGCGAUUGUUUAUAUGACGGUUUAGACGAAAAUGGAUCGCAGGAAGAACAGGAGGUAGGAGGGGAAGAGGACAACUCUGAGAAAUGCACCAAGAGGAACUACUCACACUGGGAAAAACAAAACGAUGUAGAUGGUGCAUUGGAAAGACCAGAUGGGGACGACUCCCCCUGUGGAUAUUUCAACUUGAACAAAAUCAUGACAAAUAUGGAAGCCGAAAUGGUGAAAAUGAGACAGGAGCAAAAUAUCCUUUUAAGUCUUUGUGCCCCGGUAAUUCACUUAGACUUCAGCAGUGGUGUCAAUUUUGUGGACUGCCUAAAGGAUGUACUAGAUGCGUCUCUACCAAAUGGGGAAACCACCUGUGAUAAUGACAGGGUCGUUAUGCCAAGUCAUAAGAUCAGUGGACUCCGCACCAGGGGGCGAAAGAAAGCACCGAAGGGGCAUGUUCGUGAGGACCCCCUGCUGCACGAACAGAAGGACCCCUUGCCUCACGAUCUCAUGAAUGACCUUCCAAAAAUUUGUGCACAAAUAUUCGAGGGAAGUUUCCUAGCCGUUAGCACGUGCAGUUACCUAAACAGUUACAUGUUUUUAAGCUCAGAGAAAAGCAGCCGGAAUUUUAUUUUUAUAUUUUUCGUGUCGCCCUUCUGCAGCAAACCAUUACUUUUCGACAUCGUGGAGGUGAAGCAUAUGUGCAAGAAGGUUGAGUGGAUUAAGCUUCCCAGCCGGAAGGGUAGCGAAAGGAACAACGACGUGGACAGCGGGGACAGCGCAAGAGAACCCACCGCAAAGGAAAGGCGCGAAAGGCACCUCCACCUACUGCUUUGCCUAAUGGGGAAUGAGAUAAGCAUAUAUGUCAUUCCGAAGCGCCAUUUAGUCCUGAAGUUGUACGACGCUGCAAAAAAUGAACCCACCUCUCUAGAACCAACAGAGUACAUAAAGGAAAAAAUUGCGGACACGAAAUUAGAAAAGGUUUUCUCAUACCACGAUGAAGAAGCUCUCACCGAUUUUUCCUAUUCUAUUUGUGUAAAUGACAAUCAAAGGUUUUUAAAAAUUGCCUUAACGUUUAAUAGCACCAGAAUAAAAGUGCUGAGUGUUUAUUUGAGGGAGAUAACUAAAUAUGGGAAGAUCACGCGCUUUAUAGAAAGGGAGGAAACCACAAAUGCCUGCGCGCAUACGUGUGCGGAUUAUUUGCUUAGUCAUUUUAAGAACCCUUUGGGGGGCGGUACCGGCUUCGAGAAGGGGAUAAACCAUAUGGGAGAAACAUCACCAGGCGAAGAAGUACCCAUAACGCCAGAGCCGCUACACGCAAACGAACUUCCUCAAUCAGGGAAAGAUACACAUUGCGUGGCUUUUCACGAAGAUAUCCUGCACCUGCAACAAGGCAUCAUAUCCGUGUGCUCAUUUUACCCGUGUCUUAAUUCCUACCUUCUCUGUGUUAGCUCCAAGGAAGGAGAAAUUAUAAUAAUAGACAUAAGGAGCAACAACGAGCUUUAUUUUUUCAAGAGGAAGACAGAAAGUGUGACUCACAUGAGGUGGUAUGAAAAUAGCUGCUUGUCUUUUGGACAAGAAAAAGGAUGCAUCAUUCAUUUGUUCGAGAAUAAAUAUUUUCUAAAUAUCGAUAAGGAUUGGACUAGCCAAGUAGACAUCAUAUGCAUACAUAGCUCGCUCCUCAACGACAUCCAUCUGUUUCUGUUUGAUGACGGGACAGUGCUUGUGGGUAAGUUGAAGGGGAACUUGUCCAAGGUUAAAAUUAGGGAAUUGUUUCUGUGGAAGACGCCAAAUUUUCAACUAGAUCCCAAGGUGUUACUAAGCAUUAGCGCAGAGAAGGGAGACGAAACCGAGUCUGUGGCGCGUAUACUGUUGUAUGAAUACUUACAGGGGUUACAGAGCAUUUUUAGGAACGGGGUCAAGAUAGGGAAGUCCAAGGCCGUUGAGGCGAAUGCGCGCGAGAACACGAUUGCCCUGACGCCCAGGUGGUGA